AUGACUUCCGAGGAACAACUGCAAUCUUCCCACACAAACACGAGUGGAUUCGAUUCCCGCACCGGAAUCUACCACUCCCUCCUCCAACUCGGGGAUAAUCGAAACAUCCCCACCACUCCGUACCUCGACACUGCUACAUUUGUCUUGUCACAAUUUCCGCAGCGGGACCAAGCAGAGUCGAAACUCGCUCUCAUUGACUCGGUUACAAACAAGCGACUCACCUACAGUCAACUCCAACGCUCAAUCUACUCGUUGGCAGCUGGCCUGCACCAUGGACUUGGUGUCUGUAAAGGUGAUGUCGUCUUUGUGUUGUCGCCAAAUUCAAUCCUCUACCCGACCAUAUGCCUAGCCAUAUUUUUGGUCGGUGGAGUCCUCACCACAGCUAACCCACUUAACACGGAGUCGGAAAUAACCAAGCAAGUGCUUGAUUCAGGUGCCAAACUAGCCAUUGCUGAUCCUCGGGAGGUCCAUAAGUUGGCAUCAACUAAGCUGCCUGUUCUCCUUACUUACCGUCCUUCCAGUGGGGAUGAACUGUCUGUAGAAGAACUGAUCGACAACUGUGGACCGAUGGAGUUGCCGGAAACCCAAUCAACUCAGUCGGAUACUGCAGCAAUACUAUAUUCCUCGGGAACUACUGGAGUGAGCAAGGGUGUUAUACUAACACAUGCAAAUAUCAUUUCGGUCAUGACGCUCCUAAAAUGGUCGGUCGACAACACAUCGGCCAACAAUGACGUUUUUCUAUGUUUCAUACCCAUGUUUCACAUUUAUGGUCUUGCGUUUUUCGGUUUGGGGCUGUUUUGCUGCGGUACUACAACGGUUUUGAUGCAAAGAUAUGACUUCCAAGCCAUGUUAGAAGCCAUACACACUCAUAAGGUCAAUAACAUACCAGCAGUUCCUCCAGUUAUCCUAAAUCUGGUGAAAUACAAGGGUGGAUACGACUUGUCGUCUUUGCGACGAGUGGGGUCAGGUGCUGCACCCUUGAGCAAGGAAUUGGUGGAUGCGUUCAGAUUGAAGUUUCCGUGGGUUGCCCUCAGGCCUGGGUAUGGGCUAACCGAGAGUUGUGGGGCAGCAACCUUAUUUAUUUCUAAUGAAGAAGCCAAAUCUCAUCCUGCCGCUUCGGGAACUUUGCUACCGACUUUCUGUGCUAAGGUGGUUGAUUAUGAAACAGGAAUUGCUAUGCCGCCCUAUAGAGAAGGAGAGCUAUGGUUAAACGGACCAGCUGUGAUGAAAGGUUAUUUGGGAAAUGAGGCUGCAACUGCUGCAACCAUCGACUCAGAUGGAUGGUUGAGGACUGGAGAUCUUUGUUACUUUGACAAAGAUGGGUGCCUCUAUAUUGUCGAUAGGAUAAAGGAGCUCAUAAAGCAUAACGGGUAUCAGGUAGCUCCAGCAGAACUAGAAGCCAUACUACUAACCCAUCCUCAUAUACUCGACGCAGCAGUCAUACCAUUAGAAGAUGAGGAGGCAGGUGAGAUACCUAUGGCGUACGUGGUGAGAGAAGCUGAAUCUCAACUUGGUGAAGACCAAGUCAUUCAAUUUGUUGCUAGUCAGGUGGCUCCAUUCAAGAAGGUGAAGAAAGUUUCCUUCAUUAACGUAAUACCAAAGUCUGCUGCAGGCAAGAUAUUGCGAAAGGAUUUAGUGGCACAAAGCAGACGAUAUGUGAAGUCCAAACUUUAACAACCAAAUUUUUGCUUCAAUAUGUAUGCAUUCGAUCACAAAGCGGGAAAGUUUCAAGAAAUGGAUCUAUCGUUCUAUUGUUUUUAUUAACCAUAUAAAUAAGAAUACUAUAAGGGAUUCAAGUUCUUAUGUACAAGUAAACAUUACAUAUUUACCUUUGUAACUCCUUGUGUAAUCUACAUUUCUUAGUAACAUUGAAAUCUGCAGAAAGACUAAUAUUAAGAUUUCUGAAUAGAUAGGAUAAAAUGCAGAAUGAUGUUGAAAAAUAGAACAUGCCAUCACUUCACUAACGAAGAAAAGUAAAAUUAUCUCGCAAUUUA